UGUAGGGUGGGCUGGCCGGGAUAUUCCCCUGUUUGCUGCCCGCCUGCCCGCCCCGGGGCCUGCGGGGAGGGGUCGCGGGGAGAGGAAAGGACAAGACACUGCCCGGAGGCUCCAGGGAGGGCAGAGGGGGGUCCGUGACUCGGGAAACGUGGCCCCGGGACGUGCCCCAGGGCACGGAAACCCUCCUGGAAGCCGUCCUGGAAACCCUCCUGCCCGCGGGGCACGUGGAGCAGCGUUUGCUCCGGAAGGAGCUCGGCCCCGCCGGCUCCAGGAGCGGGAUUCAUCCCGGUGGGGUUUUCGGGAGCCCCCAGUGCCCCCCCCUCCCCUUCCAGUCUUGCGCCAGCGAGCGGGAUUUCGGGAAGAGCUGGCGCGGGGCUGACGUCGCCGGGGUCAUGGCUUUGCCAGCGGUUCUUAUUCCCGGCGUCACCUUCCCGCUGGCGGAUCGAUAACCGCUGGGAAGUGAAGCCCAGGGAGAUGGGAAGGAUUGGCGUGGCCUUGGGAGCUCUGUUGUGUGCUGUCGUGGCAUCGCUCCCGGGCACAUCCCUCGCCGGGCGCCCGUCCCUUCCCGUGGCAGCGGUUUGUCCCCGUGCCCCAUCCCGGAGGGAGAUAAAGUAGGUCAGGCGCUGGCUCCGGGCUCCGGGAGCGGAUCCCGGCGGGAGGACGCCCUUGGAGGGUCCCGAGGCGCUGCGGAGCUGGAGAACCCCCGGGAGCCGUGUCCUGGCAGCCCCCCACGCAUCCCAGAGGCACCAUGAUCCCCGGCGCGGGCCCCCGGAGCUGCUGCCUGCUCCUGCUGCUCUGCCUCCUUCCCUGCCCGCGGGUCCGGGCGGGCAGGGACAGCCCGGGAGUCUCCGCAGCCUCCUUCCUGCAGGAUCUGCUCCAGCGCUACGGAGAGAGCCAGACCUUGAGCCUGAAGCAGCUCAAGGCCCUGCUGAACCGCCUGGAUGUGGGAGUGGGACACGCCAACGUCUCCCAGUCACCGCAGCAGCGCCUGAACCUCUCCCGGUGCUUCAGCUCCGUGGAGCUUUUUGCCAUCCACAACCUGAGCGAGGGCUCUGCCGUGGGGCACAGGGAGUUCAAGGAGUUCUGCCCCACCAUCCUGCAGCAGCUGGAGUCGGGGGCGUGCGCCUCCGAAAACCUGGAAAAUGAGGAAAACGAGCAGACGGAGGAGGGCAGACCCAGCUCGGCUGAAGUGUGGGGCUUUGGUUUUCUCAGUGUGUCCAUGAUUAACGUGGCCUCCCUGCUCGGAGUCCUCGUCGUGCCGUGCUCCGCCAAGGCCUUUUUCCGCCGGGUCCUCACGUUUUUCAUCGCGCUGUCCAUCGGCACGCUGCUCUCUAACGCGCUCCUCCAGCUCAUCCCAGAGGCGUUUGGAUUCAACCCUCAGGAAGAUUAUUACGUUUCCAAAUCCGCCGUGGUGUUUGGGGGCUUCUACCUCUUCUUCUUCACGGAGAAGGUCCUGAAGAUGCUCCUGAAGCAGAAGGACCAGCACCACCACGGGCACAGCCACUACGGCCCCGAGGCUCUGCCCUCCAAGAAGGACCAGGAGGAGGGGGUCACGGAGAAGCUGCAGAACGGGGACCUGGACCACAUGAUCCCGCACAUCACCAGCGAGCUGGAGCGCAAGCCCCCCUCCGGGGAUGAGAAGGCCGUGGUGGGCUCCCUCUCUGUCCAGGACCUGCAGGCCUCCCAGAGCGCGUGCUACUGGCUGAAGGAGGUGCGGUAUUCCGACAUCGGGACGCUGGCCUGGAUGAUCACCCUCAGCGACGGCCUCCACAACUUCAUCGACGGGCUGGCCAUCGGCGCCUCCUUCACUGUCUCUGUCUUCCAAGGGAUCAGCACCUCCGUGGCCAUCCUCUGCGAGGAGUUCCCUCACGAGCUGGGGGACUUUGUCAUCCUGCUGAAUGCCGGGAUGACCAUCCGCCAGGCUCUUUUCUUCAACUUCAUCUCCGCCUGCUGCUGCUACGUGGGCCUGGCCUUUGGCAUCGUGGCCGGCAGCCACUUCUCUGCCAACUGGAUCUUUGCUCUGGCUGGAGGGAUGUUCCUGUACAUAGCUCUGGCUGACAUGUUCCCCGAGAUGAACGAGGUGAGCCGGGAGGACGAGCAGAACGGCAGCGCCCUGAUCACCUUCGCCAUCCAGAACGCGGGGCUGCUCACGGGCUUCACCAUCAUGGUGCUGCUCACCAUGUACUCUGGCCAGAUCCAGAUUGGGUAGGACCAGCCCAAACUGCAGCCCUGAUCCACUUUUUUCCUUUUUUUUUGGGGUGGGGUGGGGGGAAGGGGUUUUCCUUGGGGUUUUUUUUUUUUUCUUACCCUUUUCCUGCUGCAAGCAAACGACGGUACCUGUGCGGGCACUGACGUCACACUACAGAGGAGACAUCGCUUUGAAAGCUGUUCCACAGACCUUCUUUGGGUUUAAGACUGUGAGGGGAGGCUGAAUCCCCCUUUCCCAUAGGACUGACCUGACCAGAGAAUCGCUUUCCCGUGUCAUAUCCCUGGCCUCCUCGCCUCUCCCGGGAAGGAUGGAGUGGGGAGGCAGGAGCUGCUUCAGCCGUGCUCAGAGCAUUCCCAUGGGAUGUGACGCCGUCCUGACCCCUUUGGGGUGGGGACAGAUGGGGACAGACCCUUCUUGGAGCGUUCCCAUGGGAUGUGAUGCAGUCCUGACCCCUUUGGGGGAUGUAUGAUUGGGACAGACCCUUCUUGGAGCAUUCCCCACCAGCCAUCCCUUGGAGCUGUGCUCUCCAGGCACUGCUGAGGAUGAGGAGGCUCAUGGUGUCACCACCAUCCGACGGGGUUUGCUCCGUUCCAGCCCUGGGAAGAGCAGGGUGAAGAGGGUUGAGAUUUUAAAGCACCCUUUGGGUGUCCACGCUCGGAGCAGAGGACACCAGGCCAGGUUGGAGUGACACGUGGGCUGCUGGGAGAAACCUGGCCAGGAUAUCCUGACCCUCCCUGUGCUGCUGGAAAGAGGGGCAAAUCCCAACUCCUCCUGGUGGGAAGGGGGGUGAGAGCAGAGCCCUGCCUGGCCGUGGGCUCCCAGCCCAGGGGUCUCUCCUCAGACUGUGUCCAAGCUCACGGUGACACUCGGGAACAGCCACCGGCUUUUAAACACUGCUGAGGUUCAGGGUGGGGCGGGGGGUGUUUUUAAAACAAAAUACCAGACUGUGAACCUCUUUAGGUUGCGUUUUUCCAGCCUUAGGGAGUAGCCAGAGAAGGGUGUUCCAGGCACUUCCCAGCUCUGCCCCCGGGGCUGGCUUUCCCCAGAUUCACUACGUGAAUUACUAGUUAUCAUAUUGAUAAUCUUGCCCACCCCACCCCUGUUGCUUGAGGUCCCCUCACACCCCCUUUUCCCCCCCUAAACCUUGUCCCGUACCUGGUGUGAGCUCGUGGCUGUGUGGAUAAGCAGGAGUGGAUUCAGGGAGCUUCCCUUGGAUUGGGAUGGAGGAGCGGUGCGGGUGCUUUGGGAAGUGUUUGUGCUUGUCAGAGAGUGUCUUCCCUCCCUCCCUGCCUGUGUAGGGGGGGUGUGUGACAAUCCUGCCACCUCGGUGUGGUCCUGGAGCCGAGGAUCCCACACCUUCCCUCCCCACCCUGCAGAAAGCAAAGCCAAGGGUGUGCCAGGGAUUUUUCCUCAGCCCCUGGCACAGGCUCAGCACCUCCAGCAGCAUUGUACCCUGUUUGGAUCACUGUAGUCCCUGAAUUCCCUUAGUUCCCAGCUGGGUGCUGUUCUUCCUAAGCUCCUAACCGUUGUCACCGAGUCCCUGGACUCUGGCAUUUCCAGUAUCCUUAUGGAUCAUCACCUCUGCUCUCAGUGGCUUUCUUAGGCUGGGCUUAGUCCCCUCAGCACCACAAGGAUGUUGGCUUUGUCCUGCACCCCAAAACCUAAAUAUCAAAUUGUCAAAGGAGCAGGGAGCCUUUCUGGGAGCACCCUCCACCCAGAGGUGCCACAUGGUCCUUGGGUGAUUCCUUCAAGGAGAGAUUCCUUCCUUUAUCUUAUGUGGUGUCUUGUUUUGUGGAUUGUCACCUUAAGUCACUUCUCCCUGUGGGACAGAGCAGCCAGGCCUGCCCUGGCUCAGUCACCUGUGCAGCACCUCACACUCAUUCCCUGUGCUGCUAAUCCAGGAGAAAAGUGCCACUGGAAACUCCUUUUCCCUGCUUGAGAGAGCUGCAGGCCCGGCUGAGCGACUCAAUGUGGAAAAUCUCGAGUCCUUGGACUGGCACAUGUUGCCCUCUCCUCUCUCCCAAGGAAAAACACCAGGUGGCUGGAGGGUUUCCAUGGGGCACCGAUGGAAAAGUGGUGGAGGAAAGGGGGGGAAUCGGGGUGUUUGUCCCCUGAGAGCUGUGCCUGGGAGGUCCCCGAGAGCUGGGAAGCGGCAGGAGCGAUGCUGGGAUUCCUGGGAGCUGGUGCAGCCCCUCGGCACAAGGUGGGAAUCAUGAAUCCGUCGUCUUCUCGUUUCCAGUUUUGGGUUUUUUUUUGAGAAAUCUGCAACCCAAAAAUUUGGGGUGUGGAGGUGAACCCCCCACAUCCCCAGAGAAACAAGACUCCCCCUCCGUUCCCAUUCUCAGCUGGACAGGCUGGAACCUACCAGCAGGGAAGGGAUGGGGCAGGCAGGAGGAUGAGGAGGGAAAAAAACCACCCAAAUUGAGCUCGUUAUGGAUUUUCAUCCGUGUUUCCCUUCCCGUGUCCAGUUGGAAGCUCCAGUUCCAUCUCAGUAUUUCAAUAACUCAGGUGUUGUGGGAGAGAACACGUUGAAACAAAGAGCGUAACUUAUGUCACGUGAACUGUACAGAUAUUUGUAAAAUUCCAUAAAUAAAAUAUAUUCUGUAAUGA